UUUUUGUGGAUUAGAAGACAUGGUCCCUGCAUUAAAACUGCUGCUCUUUACCUGUAUUUGGCCUACUUUUGUUUUAGCCAAUAACAGUGAUCAUCAUAAUCAUUGCCAUCACCACCAUCAUCCUCAAAGAUCAUUCAUGAAAAGACAUAACAGCAAACAGGAAAUUAAAGUGAGGAAACUAGACAGCACUAAAAUAUGGCCCAUGAAAUCAGAACAACUUCUCCGCAUAGAGAACCAUGAUUUUGCCAUGAGACCUGGCUUUGGAGGAUCAGCCAUACCAGUGGGCAUUGAUGUGCAAGUAGAAAGCAUUGACAGUAUUUCAGAAGUCGACAUGGACUUCACAAUGACUUUGUAUCUCAGGCAUUACUGGAAGGAUGAGAGACUCUCAUUUCCUAGUACCACAAACAGAAGCAUGACCUUUGAUGGAAGAUUAAUAAAAAAGAUUUGGGUACCUGACACAUUUUUUGUUCAUUCUAAAAGAUCUUUUAUCCAUGACACAACCAUGGAGAAUAUUAUGUUACGCGUCUACCCAGAUGGCAAUGUGCUCUUCAGUUUACGGAUAACAGUUUCCGCCAUGUGUUUCAUGGACUUCAGUAGAUUCCCACUUGACACUCAGAAUUGUUCUCUAGAGUUGGAAAGCUAUGCUUACAAUGAAGAAGACUUGAUGCUGUACUGGAAACAUGGCAAUGAAUCUUUAAGCAUAGAUGAGCACAUUUCUCUUUCUCAGUUUUUCAUUAAAGAAUUCAGUGCUUCUAGUGGAUUAGCAUUCUACAGCAGUACAGGUUGGUACAAUCGACUUUUCAUAAACUUUGUUCUACGGAGACAUAUUUUCUUUUUCGUUUUACAAUCCUAUUUCCCCUCUAUGUUGAUGGUGAUGCUAUCUUGGGUUUCCUUUUGGAUUGACCGAAGAGCUGUCCCUGCAAGAGUAUCACUGGGCAUAACUACUGUGCUGACAAUGUCAACCAUAAUCACUGGAGUAAGUGCCUCAAUGCCCCAGGUGUCUUAUGUAAAAGCUGUGGAUGUAUACUUAUGGACCAGCUUUCUUUUUGUCUUCCUAUCUGUUAUUGAAUAUGCAGCUGUAAAUUAUCUCACUACAGUGGAAGAACAAAAACAACUGAAAAAUAGAGGGAAGGUCGCUGGGUUGUACAACAUUGAUGCAGUGCAAGCCAUGGCCUUUGAUGGGUGCUAUCAUGACACUGACAUUGACCUGACCACCUUGAGUGUACUUUUGGAGGAGGGCUCAGCACAAGAGCGAGCACCCAGUAUCGCCCAGCUAGAUGCAGCUCACUUAAAAAGAAAAAAAUCUUUGAAAGGAACAGUAGGCAGAAUUAUUCUGCAGAAUAACCAUGUCAUUGAUACAUAUUCCAGGGUUGUAUUUCCUGCUAUAUAUAUUGUAUUCAACUUUUUUUACUGGUGUUUGUAUAUAUGA